AUGGGAGACUGCGCGACGGAGCUAAGGGCCCCCCCCGACGGCACUUCUGAUCAACAACAGCAGCAACAGCAACAACAGCUACAGCAACAACAGCUACAGCAACAACAACAGCUACAGCAACAGGCUGAACACCUGUUGCAGCAGAUCAAGAGAGAUCCAUGGAAGGCGAGUCACUACGAGGCGGCGCUGAGAACACGAGAAGUUCAGAGAGCAUACGCAGAGCAUUGCCCAAUCGACGAGGAGCUGCUGCUGCAGUGGAUUGAGGCUGAGCGGCGCCUUAGCGGCAGCAGCGGCAGUGCAAGCAGCGGCAGCAAUGGAGGCAGCAGCGGCAGCGGUGUCACUGGCAGCAGCGGCGUCACUGGCAGCAGCGGUGUCACUGGCAACCCCUUGAGCAGUAGCAGUCUCACCAACAGCAGCAGCGGCAGUGCGGACGAAGUCAAGGCGAUCCUCGAGCUUGGCUUGAGGCUCCAACCCUCGGUGUCUCUGUGGCUGCUUUAUAUCCGACAUCUUGAGGCGGGAGGAGCUGCAGAAAAGGAGGCGGAAAUCCGCUGCGCCUUCGAACGUGCCCUUCGCAGCUUCGCACUGCAUGCGCUCGAGGGCCCCUGCCUUUGGGCGGCGUACAGACACUUCGAAGCGCAGCUGCUUCGUCACAGGCAGAGUUGCAGCAACAGACAGCAGCUGCAAGAACGCAUGCAGAUCGCACGGAUCAGAUCGCUUUUCUACAGACAGCUACAGCUGCCCCUCGGGGGCCUGGGGGAUCUCUUGGAUGAAUAUCGAGUCUGGGAGCUUGAGCAUACCGGCAGCGAGGCGGCCUUCUCAAUCGGCGCGGCACUGCAUGCAAAGGGCAGUGCAGAGUGGCACAGAAGUCGAAAGGCUCUAGAGAUGAACAUACAAAAUGCCUUGGAUGAAGACCAGGCAAAUCGGCAGAUACACCGAGAGAGACAGACAGAGGGAGAUAUGAGGGGGGGAGAGGAAUGGAGUGAAGAUGCACGAUCGUACGUGGACGCAGAAACUCUGGGAGCAGAAGCGUUGGCAGUUUCUGCUGCCGCUAGUGCCCCUUCUGCUGCAGGGGAUGCGGGUGAAGAUGCCCCCGAUCCAGCCGCGUCUGAGCAUGCAGCGAUUGCAGCAGCGAGAGCAGCAGCAGCAGCGGCAGAAGCAGCAAGCCGAAAGGCGUUAUCACCAUCCUAUCUGCAGCAUACACUGCGGCAGGUGCUGCAGCGUGCGAUCCGCCAUUUUCCGCAAGACUCGCAGCUCUGGUGCAAAUACGUCGCUUCUCUCGGCAGUGGAGGUGCUUCCUUGGCAGCUAUCUGCAAGGCCAGAGAUUCAGCGGUGGCUGCGUGUAGCGCACGGCCUAAGGCUGGGGUGUACAUACACCUGGCCUGCGCUGAAGGCGCGAAGGCUCUGGCGCUGUGGGCAGGGAGGGGGGGGAAAGCUGCAAAGGAGGAAACUGACAGCAUCCAGCGGCAGAAUCAACAAGAAGCGGCUAUUGAGGAAGCCCUUAAGGCCCUCUCACGCGCAGAGCAGCUAGCAGAUCAAAGUCUCGCGGAUGCAAGUGCCACAGACAUCAAUCAGCAGCACGCCGAUCAGCAGCAACAGCAGCAACAGCAACAGCAGCAGCAACAACAGCAGCAGUCCUCACUGGUGCUGCGCAUUCAUCGGCAGCGCUUACAGUUACUCCGGGAGUUUGCACAUCUUCAGUCCGUGCAGGAAGAAGCCCUCUCAGUCUGUGAGCGCAUGUGCAAAACAUGUGAUGAGAACCUUCUCCUGGAUGUGGGUGCUCUUUUAGAGACGCUGCUUUCAUAUAUCGGGCCGAAACAGAAAACGUCUCAGCGGAGGCAAAUGCCACGGCAGCGUCAACAGCGUAGACUCGCCACAUUGUUGCAGACAUGGACGACACGAGCGGCGGUGUAUCUGCAAUCCCCUGGAGAGCGCACAAGCUUAGCUGCCAGAUUCGCUCAUCUGCUGGAGGCACUAGCAGGCGGUGCAACGGCAGCGCCAGCAGCGGCAAGUAGCGCUGUGGUAGCAUCAGCAGCAGAAAGCAGCACAGCAGCGGAAGAAGAGAUCGAGGAAGACGGAGAGUGCGAAUACAUGGACGUUCCAACGCGAGAGAUGCAUGGUCUCAGGUUGCACCAGGUGGAAUGCCUAAGCAGCAUUCGGCGACUUCGUCAGAAGCGCCAGCGGCUCCAGGGAGAUACAGAGUGGGAUACAGCGUCAGACUGCAGCACAGAAGGCGGGCAGCAGCAAGGAGGCGCCUCUUCCUCCGACUUGGCGUCAGGAGCGUUGCAAGGUUCAGGGAGUGGACUGUCGAAGCGGCUGCGGCUAGCAGCUGCGAUGCUGCAGCAGCAGCAGCAAGAUGCAGCCGCUGCUGCAUUUGCUUCUGCUGCUGCAGGAGACAUUUCCUCCCCGUCAUUUUCGCGUUCUCCCUCGCCUAGCAGCAGGAGGAGUCCAAUGAUCCGCAGUCGCUCGCCUUCUCCCGCCAUAGUUCUUCCGCAGUCGCAGCAGCAGCAGCCUGCAGCCGCUGGAGAGGGGCAGUCUCCCGCAGCAGCAGCAGCAGCAGCAGUAGCAGCAGCAGCGGCAGACAUCGAGAGAGCAACACGCGCAACGUGGAACGGUCAUGAGUCCGCUGAUCCUUCCCUUGCACCCCCAGUGCCUCCUUCAUCUCCCUCAUCUUCGCCUUCGCUUACGGCUUUGUUGUCUCCAAACCAGCAGCUUCCCUCCCCGCUGCCUUCUCCACAUGCUCUCUCGCCGCAUAGCACCGCUGCGCUGCCCUCUGCCGUCCCUGCUGCUGCUUCUUCUCUGCCUUCCCCCGUCGAGAGCAGCAGCAGCGGCAGCAGCGGCAGUAACACCAGCAGCGGCAGUAACACCCCCCACCUCGCUCUCCUCCUCCCUGCCUUGUCGCUGCCUGCAUCGGCUGCGCCGCUCGUUGGAGGAGCACCAGAGAAACGGCGCAACAGCAGGCAGCAGCAGCAGCAACAGCAGCAGCAACAACAGCAGCAGGAAGACACGCACACCACAGACAUGCCACCGCCGCCCUUCACCCCCCGACGGCAGCUUCGUCGGCUGCAACAGCAGCAGCAGCAGCAGCAGCAGAGCGGCAGAGGGGGAACUUUCGCGGCGAGUGCGGAUACUCCAGAAGAGGAGAACUACGCCCACCUACAGCAGGCGCAACAGCAUCCCCUGCAGGAAUGUAACACUACGCCAGAGGUGAUGCAGAGCUCAGAAACGGAUUCUCCCACAGCGCCUGCAGCGAUUCCAGAGUCUUGCGUGGCUUCCGAAAUCGCAACCGAGCAGUCGAAAGAUUUGGACGGAAUGGCUGUUGAUGGGGGCCCCUCGUCAUCCCCAGAAGCAGCAGAAAACAGACACACACCAACGCCACAGAUGGGAAAACAUCAUAGGCAGCUCACGCGAGAGGCCCUUGUCUCACUUGAAGAAGGACAGCUCGAUUUUGUGCCUCACGUGCCAGAGACGAAGACGCUGUGGCUUUCUAACAUUGACGUCUCUGUCACAGAAGCGCAGCUGGAGCAACUCAUCAACAAGCUUACGCAAGGACUGACUCAGCUUCGCUUAGUGAAAGACUUUAGGGGCCACUCCAAAGGCUUUGCCUAUGCAGACUUUUGCUCCCCCGAGGCUGCGGUAGCUGCAGCUGCUGCGCUUCACGGAUAUCACGUGAAUGAGCGUCCUUUAAAGGCGCUUCCUUCGCAGCCAACCAAAGCUGUGUAUGAGGAAAAGACGCUGUUUAUUAGCAAUUUGCCGCGACACGAUGUUUCCGAAACCUACGUGGAGACACAGCUGAGAGACACACUGGGAUUUCAAGGCAUUACAGCCGUGCGAUUAGUUAAAGCGGCCACCAACAACCCCACUGAAAGCAAGGGGUAUGGAUAUCUAGAUUUCGAGAGCCAUGAAGCAGCGGUAGCAGCCUUGAAGAGAUUUCAUGAAGCGCAACACGAGCAAGUGGAAGCAGCGAAUGAAGAUGCUCCUGCAGAAGCCUCCCCCCGCCUUCCCCCCAUGAAGGUGUUAGGGUAUCCUUUUCUCCUCGCUCCCUCCAUCCCCAUGAAAAGUCAUCGAUGGGUUGUUGCGCCGAUCAACAAAGUGGAUAAGCGACGCCAGAAAAAUACAGCAGCGGAGCAGCACGCCGAGGCAGGUGUCUUAUUCGUCAAGAAUUUGAGUUUCUCCACCACUGAGACUGCCCUUGCCCAGCACUUUGCGCCUGUGACAGGGCACCCAGAGGAGAUAACUAUUUGCAGACACCCCGACGGCAAAUCCAAAGGCUUUGGCUUUGUGAAACUCCGGGAUGACUGCGCCGUCAUGGCAGCCCUCAUGCUCAACGGCUCUCUCCUCGACGAUCGCCACAUCGUAGUGUCUCGCUCAACACGUCCUAUCACCGUUCCCAAGCCUCCCGAGCAGCAGCAGCAGCAGCAGCAGAAACGGCGCACCCAGCUGCAGCAGGAGGAGCAGCGGCCUGUCUUGGGAAGGUCUAGACAUAGAGCGAAAAUCGAUCUGUCGUGCUCCGCUAUCACGGCAAGCGUGCCUGCAGCGGCUUCAGCUUCGGCAGCAGCAGUUGCAGCGGUCGCAGCAGACACCCGAACGUGA